AUGGACCCUUUCCAAACAGUGGCGCGAGAAAUGAAGUUUUUGACAGGCAACAUACGGCAAUUGCUCGGCUCAGGACAUCCCACCCUCGAUACUGUGGCCAAGUACUACACGCAGAGUGAGGGGAAAUAUGUACGCCCCAUGCUCGUUCUGUUGAUGAGCCGCGCUACGGCCCUCACACCCCACCGAAACAUUGCGAGGGGUGGCAUUGGCAGCCAAAGCGCAGACAUUAGCAUAACAAACCCGAGUAUCCUUGCAGACGAGAACCCAGACACCAGCCCCAUCAGCAGCAUACGGCAUGACUCUGCAUACACCCCAGAAGACAGCGACAUCCUCCCUUCGCAACGGCGACUAGCAGAAAUCACCGAACUUAUCCACACAGCCAGUCUGCUCCACGACGAUGUCAUCGACCACUCCGUCUCGCGCCGCGCCGCCCCCUCUGCAAACAUUGAAUUCGGCAACAAAAUGGCAGUGCUCGCUGGAGAUUUCCUACUCGGCAGAGCAUCCGUUGCGCUCGCUCGUCUGCGCGACCCGGAAGUCACGGAGCUGCUUGCCACGGUGAUUGCCAACCUCGUCGAGGGCGAGUUCAUGCAACUCAAGAACACUGCGCGCGACGAAAAGAACCCCAUCUGGACUGAGGAGACCGUCUCGUAUUACCUCCAAAAGACAUAUCUCAAGUCGGCCUCGCUCAUCUCAAAAAGUUGCCGUGCCGCUGCUAUCCUGGGUGGCUCAACUCCAGAUGUGGUCGAAGCGGCGUAUCUGUACGGCAAGAAUCUCGGUCUCGCAUUCCAGCUUGUAGACGAUAUGCUGGAUUACACCGUUAGCGAAGCUGAGCUGGGUAAACCAGCUGGUGCGGAUUUGGAACUAGGACUAGCGACUGCGCCACUACUUUUUGCAUGGAAGGAAAAUAAGAGUCUGGGCAAGUUGGUAGGGAGGAAAUUUUCGGAGCAAGGGGAUGUGCAGCAGGCCCGCCAGAUCGUCGCUCAAUCCUCAGGCCUCGAGCAAACCCGUGCCCUCGCCCAAGAAUACGUCGAUAAAGCCAUCGAUGCUAUUUCCUUCUUCCCGGACUCGGAGGCGAAAACGGGGCUCGUGGAGAUGUGCACAAAGGUUAUGAAGAGGAGGAAGUGA